AUGUCGUUCCGCAAGGUGGUGCGGCAGAGCAAGUUCCGGCACGUGUUCGGGCAGCCCGUGAAGACGGAGCAGUGCUACGAUGACAUCCGCGUGUCGCGCGUCACCUGGGACAGCACCUUCUGCGCCGUCAACCCGGCCUUCGUGGCCAUCAUCGUGGAGGCGAGCGGCGGCGGCGCCUUCCUCGUGCUGCCCCUGCACAAGACGGGGCGCAUCGACAAGUCCUACCCCACGGUGUGCGGGCACACGGGCCCCGUCCUCGACAUCGACUGGUGCCCCCACAACGACCACGUCAUCGCCAGCGGCUCGGAGGACUGCACCGUCAUGGUGAGGG